AAUUGCUAAAUAUAGUGACUUUACUGACAUUACCACUUUUAGUUGUUUGGAGUAGAUUGCCUACUCCAUCACUCUGUCUUUCCCUCAUACAAUUCACUCUUUCAAAAUGGUUCAAGGGGUUAGCACCAACAAAUCUGCCCGAUUUUCUUCUGGUUUGAUUUUUGUGUUGGUGCUGGUGGGUUUCUUGGCAUGGGCGUAUCAGGCCAUUCGCCCUCCUCCACCGAAAAUAUGUGGAUCUCCCGGAGGCCCUCCGAUAACAGCUCCAAGAAUCAAGCUAAGAGAUGGAAGGCAUUUGGCCUACAAAGAAUACGGUGUCCCUAGAGAUGAAGCAAAGCACAAGUUCAUAUUUGUCCAUGGAUUUGAUUCCUGCAGACAUCAUGCUGCAGUUGCCACAGAACUCUCUCCUGAUCUAUUUGAGAGCUUAAGCAUAUACAUAGUGUCAUUUGACAGACCGGGGUAUGGAGAAAGUGAUCCACAUCCGAAAAGAACAGUUAAGAGCACUAUUUUGGAUAUUGAAGAGCUUGCAGAUCAACUGAACCUUGGACCAAAGUUUUAUGUCAUUGGCUACUCCAUGGGUGGACAGUUAAUCUGGGGUUGCCUUAAAUAUAUUCCACACAGGCUAGCAGGAGCAACAUUCUUAUCACCUGUAUUCCAAUUUUGGUGGACUAACUUACCUGCUAACAUCACUAAAGAGAUCUCAAGCAGAGCAAGUAUAUGGGAUGUACUGUCAGGAACCGUGCCAUACUAUUUUCCUUGGCUAACGUACUGGUGGCAGACUCAAAAGAUUAUCCCAAUUUCAAGUGUUAUCGCUCACAGUGAUCAUCUCUUUUCUGUACAAGACCGAGAACUCAUUUCUAAAUUUGAGAGGAAGGACUACAAGGAUCAAGUAAGACAGCAAGGGGAAUACGAAUCUAUCCACCAAGACAUGAACGUGGCGUUUGGAAAAUGGGAAUUUGAUCCAAUGGAGCUUGCAAAUCCAUUUCCUAACGGCGAGGGUAAGGUUCAUCUAUGGCAAGGGGAUGAUGACAGACUCGUGCCUGUCGUGAUACAGCGUUACACAGCUCAAAGACUGCCUUGGAUUAACUAUCAUGAGAUACCAGGUGCUGGACAUUUGUUCCCAUUUGCACCUGGAAUGAGUGGUGCUAUUAUUAAAGCCCAAUUAUCUGUUGAAAGCUAACAACUUUGUCUAGUAAACUUGUAUGUUCAACACUUGUACCAAAUUUGUAUUAGCUGAAUCAACAGUCAAUAAGCUGAUUUUAAAUUGUAAUAGAUAAUACAGGGGAUAUGAUUUGAGUAA